AUGGCGUUUUGGACACAAGGUGCAGUUAGCCAGCGGCAGCACCUGCAGCAGCCGUCGCUGCCACCUCGGCACCCACCUCUACAGGUCCGCUCUGAGGCUGGGAGUGACGGCGUCCACCCUGCCCUGGAGUUUUUGGAGAGGGGCGCGGUGUUUCCUCCCAGUGGACGCUUGCAGCCACAGCCUCUAGAGUCGGAAGGCAUGGCCAGGAGGAUUUCCCCAAAGGACAUUGAUGAAUGCAAGAGUUCCCCUGACCUUUGUGGAAGUGGUACUUGUAAUACUCCAGGCAGUUUUGAGUGUGAGUGUUUUGAAGGCUAUGAAAGCGGGUUCAUGAUGAUGAAGAACUGUAUGGACAUUAAUGAAUGUGAACAUAACUCUCUACUUUGUAGAGGUGGAAACUGUGUGAACAUAGAAGGCAGCUUUGAAUGUGACUGCUCACUUGGACAUGAAGUACCAUUACAUGAAGAUUGUGUGGAUAUAAAUGAAUGUUUUCUGAGUGAUAAUCUGUGUAGAAAUGGAAGAUGUGUGGACAUGAUUGGACCAUACCAAUAUGCUUGUAAUCCUGGAUAUCAAGCAACUCCAGAAAGGCAGGACUAUAUAGAUAUUGACGAGUGCAGGAUAAUGAAUGGAAGCUGUGAUACCCAAUGCACUAAUUCAGAAGGCGGCUAUGAAUGUGUUUGCCAUGAAGUUUAUGCCCUGAUGCCGGAUAUGAGAACCUAUGCAGAUAUUGAUGAGUGUGAAAAAAAUCCUGGUAUCUGUGAUGGUGGUCAAUGCACUAACAUUAUUGGUGGCUGUCUCUGUUAUGAUGGUUUCGUGGCUUCCAUGGAUAUGAAAACAAGUAUUGAUGUGAAUGAAUUCCACUUAAAUUCUAACAUCUGUAUGGUUGGAGAAUGUGGGAAUACAAAAGCAUCCUUCAUUUGUUGCUGUCAUUUGGGCUACUCAGAAAAGAAGAGAAACAUUGGAAUCAUAGAUGUAGAUGAGUGUGACAUUGGUGUUCACAACUACAAUAUGCAUGCUUCAUGCUUUAAUAUCCAAGGAAGCUUCAAAUGUAGCUGCAGGCAAGGUUGGGUUGGGUGCAUAGGUCUGGAUGAAUGUUUUAAUGGAACCCACCAAUGUAGUAUAAAUGCCCAGUGUGUGAACACACCAGGUUCAUACCAGUGUGCUUGUUCUGAAGGAUUCGUUGGAGAUGGCUUUACUUGCUUAGAUGUUGAUGAGUGUGCAGAAAACUUUAAUCUUUGUGAGAAUGGACAGUGCUUGAAUAUCCCUGCCACAUUUCAGUGUGAACGUGAGAUGAGCUUCACUCCAGGUUUGGAUAGCAAAUUUUGCCAAGAUAUUGAUGAAUGCUCACUCCAGAAUAUCCAUGUCUUUGGAACAUGUAGAAGCCUGCCAGGAAUAUUUCAUAGUACCUCUGAUGAUAUCUAUGAAGUGGAUAGAACAGGAGGAAACUGUACAGAUGCUGACGAGUAUGCCAAUCCCAUCAAUUGUGUUAAUGGUCUCUGUGUCAAUACCCCUGGUCAGUAUGAAUGUAACUGUCCACCAGACUUCCAGCUAAACCCAACUGGUGUAGGUUGUGUGGACAAUGAAGUUGGUAAUUGCUACCUGAAAUUUGGUCCCCAUGGGGAAGGGCUUCUGUCCUGCAACACUGAGACUGGUGUUGGAGUUAGUUGUUCCUCUUGCAGCUGCUCUCUGGGAAAGGCCUGGGGAAAUCCCUGUGAGAGUUGUCAACCUGUGAACAGCACUGAAUAUUAUACUCUGUGUCCAGGAGGUGAGGGUUUCAGACCUAGUCCUGUCACUAUCAUCCUUGAAGAUAUUGAUGAAUGCCAAGAAUUACCGGGUCUCUGCCAAGGUGUAAACUGUAUCAACACUUUUGGAAGCUUCCAGUGUGUGUGUCCACAUGGCUAUUACCUCAGUGAGGAAACUCGUAUCUGUGAAGAUUUUGAUAAAUGUUUUGCACAUUCUGGUGUCUAUUGGCCUGGGACCUGCUAUAAUACCUUGGGAAAUUACACCUGCCUUUGUCCUCCAGAAUAUAUGCUAAUCAAUGGUGGACAUAACUGUAUGGACAUGAGAAAAAGCUUUUGCUACCUGAAUAAAAUCACCUGUGAAGAUGAGCUGCCCUAUAAUAUGACCAAGAGGAUGUGCUGCUGCACAUAUAAUUUUGCCAAAGCUUGGAAUAAGCCUUGUGAACCAUGCCCAACUUCAGAAGCAGUUGAAUUUAAAGCCAUGUGUGGGAAUAUUCCUGGGUUUACCUUUGACGUUCAUACAGGCAAAACUCUAGACAUUGAUGACUACAAGGAAAUUCCAGAUAUUUGUGCAAAUGGUGUUUGUAUUAACCAGGGAGGCAAUUUUCACUGUGAAUGUUCUACAGGAUUCACUUACAAUGAUCUACUCUUGGUCUGUGAAGAUCAUGGCGAAUGUUUGGAAAUUCCUAAUGUUGGUAGUCAUGGCUUAUGUGUGGAUUUGCAAGGAAGUUGUCAAUGUGUCUCUCACAGUGGCUUUAAAGCAUUACAAGACCAGACCAUGUGCAUGGAUGUCGAUGAAUGUGAGCAUCAUCUGUGUGGAAAUGGAAUGUGCAAAAGCACAGUUGGAUCCUACAACUGUCUUUGCUACCCAGGGUUUGAACUUACUCAUAAUAGUGACUGUCUAGAUAUAGAUGAGUGCAGUUCAUUUUUUGGACAGGUGUGUAGAAAUGGGCAAUGCUUUAAUGAAACUGGCUCUUUCAAAUUUUUGUGUAAUGAAGGAUAUGAACUUACUCCUGAUGGCAAAAAUUUCAUUGAAACUAAUGAACUUGUUACCUUUCUGGGCUCUUGUUCUCCUGGUGCCUGUCUGAACCUGGAAGGAUCAUUUCAAUACAUCUUCCCUCCAGGUUAUGAAGUAAAAAGUGAAAAUUGCAUUGAUAUAAAUGAAUGUUAUGAAGAUCCCAACAUCUGCCUUUUUGGCUCUUGCACAAAUACUUUCGGGGGUUUCCAGUGUGUCUACCCCACACAUUUUAUUUUGUCUGACAAUGGAUGGAGAUGCUUUGAUACCUGCCAGAACUUCUGCUUCAAAGAUUUUGAGAAUGGAACAUGCACAGUAGCAAAAGUUUUCAAUACCACAAAGGCAAAAUGUUGUUGGCAUAAAAUUCCGGGAGAGGGCUGGGAUCAGCCUUGUGAACUGUGUCCCAAAGAUGAAGUUGCCUUGCAGGAUUUCUGUCCAUUUGUCCAAAGAACGGUCCCUAGUCUUCACGAUACAUGGGAAGAUAUUGAUGAAUGUCUUGAAAGCCCAGGCAUUUGUUUUAAUGGUCAGUGUAUCAACACGGAUGAAUCAUUUGGCUGUGAAUGCUCCAUGGGUUACAACCUAGAUGAUGCUCCUAUACACUGUGUGGAUACAAAUGAAUGUUCAGUUGGGAAACUCUGUGGAAAUGGGACAUAUAUUAAUGUUAUCGAGAGUUUUGAAUGCAACUGCAAUGAUGGAUUUGAUCCAGGUCUCAUGAUGAAUUGUGAAGAACUCAACGAAUAUGCCCAGAAUCCACUGUUAUGUACUUUUCACUGCAUAAAUACCUUUGGUUACUAUGCAUGUGCUUCUCCUGCUGGCUAUGCCCUAAGGGAAGAUCAAAAGAUGUAUAAAGAUCUAGAUAAAUGUGUUGAAAACUUACAUGACUGCAAAACCAGAGGCAUAAUAUGUAAGAAUAUGAUUGGUACUUUCGUGUGUAUCUGCCCCAGUGGAAUGUCGCAAAGACCUGAAGGUUGCAUAGAUGAAAAUGAAUGUUGGACAAAGCCAGGUGUCUGUGAAAAUGGUCAUUGUAUUAACAUUGUUGGGAGCUACAGGUGUGAAUGUGAUGAAGGAUUCCAAUCAAGUUCAUCAGGGGUUGAUUGCCUUGAUGACAGAAAAGGAUUCUGUUUUGCUGAACUUCUUCAAUCAAUGAGUCACAUGGCUUCCAGUAGCCAGAACCUUGUCACAGAGUCAGUGUGUUGCUGUGAUGAAGGAUGGGGCUGGUGUAACCAAUGUGAACUUUGCCCACUUCCUGUAACUAUCCAGUACAAAAAGAUUUGUCCUCAUGGCCCUGGAUAUGCCACAGAUGGAAGAGAUAUAGAUGACUAUAAAGUCAUGUGAAACUUGUAUAAUGUUGGUCAGUGUAUUAAUAUUGUGGGUUUAUUCAAAUGCUUCUGCAAUGUUGGCUAUGUAGCCAACCCAAGUGUAGCAUCUUGUGUAGAUCUUGAGUGUUGCCCAUCUCUUAAGCUUUGCAACGUUACCUGCAAAAACACUGAUGGAAGUUAUAAGUAUUCUUGUCUUCCAGGAUAUAUCCUGCCAGAAGAAGGAAAGACUUACAGAGAUGUGGAUGAAUAUGAUGCAAACCAUAAGUGCCAGGAUGGCCACCAAAACAUUCUUGGAGGUUACAGGUGUGGUUGUGGUUGUUCACAAGGGUAUAUUCAACAUUAUCAGUGGAACCAAUGUGCUGAUGAGGAUGAGUGCAACAAUCCAAAUGCUUAUGGCUCUGCCUCCUUCUACAAUACCUUUGGAAGUGACAAGUGUACUUGUCCAUCCGGAUUCUCUUUUGACCAAUUUUCCAGUGAAUGCCAUGAUGUGAAUGAAUAUUCAUCAGCAAACAACCCAUGCAAUUAUGAUUGUUCCGACAUGGAAGGUGGUUAUCUUUGUGGUUGCCCACCUGGGUACUACAGAAUCAGACAAGGUCACUGUGUCUCAGGAACAGGAUUUAACAAAUGCCAGUACCUAUCAAUGGAUACAGAGGUAGAUGAAGAAAAAACUUUGUCUCCUCAAGCAGGCAAAAUAAAUGGCUAUCCAAGGAAAGACAGCAGACAAAAAGGAAAUAUUGAUGAAAUUGAACCAGCUGUGGUUGAAAAGAUGGACUUAGAAAAUAUAGAUAUGGACACUCCAAUGAAAAUGAAAUUCCACCUUUCCAGCCUUGGCAAUAAGUUACACAUUCUAGACUUCAGGCCUUCUAUUGAAUCACUCAAUAACCACAUUCAAUACAUCAUCUCCCAGGAGAAUGACAGUGGCAUCUUCCAAAUCGACCAACAGAAUGGGCUAAGCUACUUGCACAUGGCCAAGAAAAAAUCUGUGCCUGGAACUUACACACUGGAAAUUACCAACCUUCCUCUGUAUAAGCAGAAAGAACUUAAACUGGAAGACAGUAAUGAAGAUGACUACCUCCUAGGGGAGCUUGGUGAAACUCUCAAAAUGAGACUGCAUAUUCAACUCUACUAA